CUAUUAGUGAGCCGUUCAAUAAGUACUUAGUGAUCCCACGAACAUGAAGUCGUAUAUUGUUUUAAGCUUUCUGUGCUGUGUAUUUGCUACUGAUGCUCAGUCCUGUAAUGGUAAAUCUUUUAUGUUUUGCACUGCCGAUGGUAAUGUGGGUGUUUGCAAAGGACUAGUCGAACAAGUAAUAAUAAAAUGUGCGUCUGGUUCACGUUGCCUUCCACUAUUACCAUAUCUGGGUUGUCAACGUGACACAUCAUUGCCAUCGCCAUCGCCAUCGCCUUCGCCAUCAUCCAACAACGUUGGCACUUGUGUAAAUCAUCAAUUAAUAGACAUACACUUGGUGGAUUGCGCCUCAUAUGGCAAAUGUGUAAAUGGUCUAUUGAAAAUACUCCAUUGUCCUAAAAAUACUUGCUUUGAUGCGGAUAGAUAUGCUUGUGUUCCAGGAAAAUGCGACAACGGCAUAUGUGUAGGAGGAGGAUAUUACUCAAAUUAAAUGUUUGUUGUGGUUAAUGAAAUAAUAAUAUAUAUAUAUUUGAAGACAU